GAUAAACCAGAUAAAGAAAACCCACCGGAUCCCAUAUUAAACAACCAGGAUCAUGCCCAAUUUUCCCAAACUCCAAACCAUUACCGCAUUCUCCUUCAAACUACCAAGAUAGCUACCGUGUCCCAUCACACCAGAAUCUAGACUCUUUCCUCUCUUUCGUUUGUGCUGUGUUUCGAAACACCAUCAUUGGAGGAGCGACGGGAUCUCAAACAGCAUAUCCUUUGACAAGCGAACACAUAUCCCGAUUGCAAAGGCAGGCCGAGUGAUAAAGACGAAGAGUAGAUUUCUUAUCUUGUUGCGAAAGGUGUUUGUUUCGUGGAUUUAUUUAUCUUCACAUACGAACGGAUUUUAUACGGAUUUUGUUUAAGGAUAUCAUGGCGAAUAGAUUCGGCGCAUCGUCUCUCCAUCAACGCGAUCCGCGCAGUGCGCUUUUUGAAAAUUAUAACCCAGGCGCAAGUUCGAGGAAUGCGAGUUCGAGUCCGGCCCCAAGGGGAUAUGGAUAUAAUGCGGGAGGGGGUGUAGGAGGAUAUUCGGGAGGAGGAUAUGCGGGGGGAGGGGGCUAUGGGGAGAGAGAGGAUAGUGCGCAGGGGUUUAGGAGCGCGACGCCGAAUAGUAGAGGCCAAUACAGCGACGCCGUGCUCAACGAACUCGAAAGUCAAAACAAUGACCAAGUAGAAGGCAUCAUGGGCAAAGUGCGACAACUAAAAUCCAUGACUAUCGCCAUCGGCGACGAGAUCCGCGAAUCCUCGGCUCUCGCGGAAAAAAUGAACGAUAAUUUCGAAGGCGCGCGCGUGCGCAUCAGAGGAACCAUGAAUCGCAUGUUGAUUAUGAGUCAAAAGACGGGGGUUAGUUGGAAAGUGUGGAUAUUGUUUUUCGCGGCGGUUUUUGGAUUGUUUUUUUGGGUGUGGGUUUUUUAG